GUUAUCACCAGGACGUUUGUACCACACUAAGCUGACAGUCUCAUCCCUCCAACUAGACACAGAAACCAUGGUCAACCAGAGCUCCCCCAUGGGCUUCCUUCUGCUGGGCUUCUCUGAACACCCACACCUGGAAAAAGUUCUCUUCGUGGUUGUCUUAUGCUCCUACCUCCUCACCCUCCUAGGAAACACACUCAUCCUCCUGCUGUCCAUCCUGGACCCCAGGCUCCACUCUCCAAUGUACUUCUUCCUCUCUAACCUCUCCUUCUUGGACCUCUGCUUCACCACAACCUGUGUCCCCCAGAUGUUGCUCAACCUCUGGGGUCCCGCAAAGACCAUCAGCUUCCUGGGAUGCUUUGUCCAGCUCUUCAUCUUCUUAUCCCUGGGUACCACCGAGUGCAUCCUGCUAGCAGUGAUGGCCUUUGACCGCUAUGUGGCUGUCUGCCAGCCCCUGCACUAUGCCACCAUCGUCCACCCCCGCCUGUGUUGCCAGCUGGCAGCUGUGGCCUGGACGAUUGGCCUGGUGGAGUCAGUGGUUCAGACGCCAUCCACUCUGCGACUGCCCUUCUGUCCCCACCAUCAGGUUGACAACUUCGUGUGUGAGGUCCCUGCUUUGAUUCGGCUGUCCUGUGGGGACACCACCUACAAUGAGAUCCAGAUGGCUGUUGCCAGUGUCUUCAUCUUGGUUGUGCCUCUGAGCCUCAUCCUGGUCUCUUAUGGUGCCAUCGCCAGGGCAGUGCUGAGGAUAAGCUCUGCAAAGGGACGCAGGAAAGCUUUCGGGACCUGCUCCUCCCACCUCAUUGUGGUCACCCUCUUCUACAGUUCAGUCAUUGCUGUUUAUCUGCAGCCCAAAAAUCCUUAUGCCCGAGAGAGGGGCAAGUUCUUUGGUCUCUUCUAUGCUGUGGGAACUCCUUCUCUUAACCCUCUCAUAUAUACCCUAAGGAACAAGGAAGUAAAGAGGGCAUUCAGGAGGUUGCUCUGGAAGGAAGUGGAGCCCAGCUGACACAGUCUCAGUAAGCUGAAUAGGGAAAUUUGG